CUUUCGUUCAUGUACGUUCAUGUACGCCACUGAUAAGGAGUUACUGCCUCACACUAUGGAUUGUAUUAACAAAGCUUUGACUUUGAUUUUGGUGUUGCGGUCAUUCCGACCGGCGGUCGCGGUCGAAUGCGUGGACCUGGACGGUCCAGGAUGCGCGAGCCUACUCGCCCAAAACACCAAACUUUGCGAGAACGAGGUGUUCGCGCGCACCGCCUGUCAGCGGACGUGUGGCCUCUGUGCCGUGACGUGUUACCACUGUGACCAGGCGCUGAUCAGCCCCGCCCACUGCAACACCACCAAGGCUUGUCAGCCGGGGGAGAGAUGUAUGGUGACGGAAGUGGCAUCCUCCAGGGACGGACAUCACGAGUUCCACCUUAACUGCGCUGCCCUCGAGGUAUGUGAUGGGAGUGUCCUGUGGUUGCACAGUAACGCAAUGGUGGUGGGCCGUCGGCGGCGGGAUAUCAGUUCCCACUGCUGCGACACAGAUCUGUGUAACCAGGCGUCCACCGCCACCCAGCCACCGUCCACUACACUGACAACAACAUCGGCCCCCACCACCGUCACCCAGACCUGCACUAGAGACAUUCUCUUCAUGGUGGAGUACGCAGAGGUAGCAGACGCGGCCACCACAUCGGGCGUGCGGCAGUUCCUCGUCAGCGUGACAUCGUCUAUUGCCGUGGGGCCCACCGACAACCACAUCGCAAUUUCCAUGUAUGACAGCGGAAUCAACCAUGAAGUCAAGUUUAAAGAUAUACAAGAAACUCAUCUCAUUGUGAGAAAAAUCAACAGCCUUGUCUUAGAUCACAGGAGGUCAUCUAUUGACCUUAACCACGUGAUAAACAAUCUUCAUCACGAUCUUCAAACCGGAAACAAUGGAGAGCGUCCGUCCGUGCCAAACGUGGUCGUCUUCAUAUCCAACCACCGGACGGACACAAAAAACCACCUGGUGGGAAGGGCCAUCCCCGGAAGCGCCGCUGCCACCCUGGCUUCACUGGCUCCAACUGUAAUCGUGGUGGACGUCGGGUCGGCGAGUCUCGGUGACGCCGUCCAGUACGCAACCGACGCAAAUCACGUAAUCCACGUCUCUAUGUACGGCGACCUUCCGUCCCAAGUAGCCAACGUUGUCUCUUUGGUGUGUCAAUAAUAUGAAAGGUCAAUAAAUAUGACAGAGAAGAAA